AUGGGACAGUCUGUUACCACCCCCUUAAGUCUUACGUUACAGCACUGGAGAAAUGUCCAGGACACGGCCAAAAACCAAUCCGUGGACGUUCACAAAAAGAGAUGGGUCGCUUUCUGCUCGUCUGAAUGGCCCACUUUCAAUGUAGGAUGGCCACGGGACGGGACCUUUAAUCUUGACCUCAUUUCACAGGUUAAAACCAAAGUGAUGGAUCCAGGGCCACACGGACACCCGGAUCAGGUGGCAUAUAUUGUCACUUGGGAAGCUCUGGCUUAUGACCCACCCCCGUGGGUCAAACCCUUUGUUACCCCCAAACGCCCUCCCACAGCUCCCUCUGCCCUGACCCUUCCCCCACCCCUGCUCCCCACGCCCACUCGGCCCCCUACCAAAUCCUCCCUUUACUCAGCCCUCACGAAACCCACGCAGGCGGAGAGUUCAACGGAAAAGAAGAAAAAAACUUCGGGGACACCCCCGGUCCUGCCUCCUGGGGAGGACCUCCUGGUAGAUUUGAUGACGGAAGAACCCCCUCCCUAUCAGGAGCCAGGGCCGGAACAGCAGCAGAGGGAGGCUGAGCCACCGGAACUCCCAGUCGAACCAGCUCCCUCCCCUAUGGCCAGACGACUGAGAGGACUCAGAGAGCAGCCGCCAGAUUCUACGUCCCGGGCUUUUCCGCUGCGUGCGGGACCAAACGGCCAGCUUCAAUAUUGGCCCUUCUCAGCGUCUGACCUUUACAACUGGCGCAAUAACAACCCAUCUUUUACCAAGGAUCCCUCAAUGCUAACCUCUUUGAUUGAGUCUAUUCUAGUAACUCAUCAACCCACCUGGGAUGAUUGUCAGCAAUUGCUGCAGGCCCUGCUAACCACUGAGGAGAGACAACGAGUUUUCCUAGAAGCCCAAAAAAAUGUGCUUGGGGAUAAUGGUCGCCCCACUCAGCUGCCCAAUGAGAUCGAGGCAGCAUUCCCCCUGGAACGUCCCAACUGGGACUUUACCAUGGCCAAAGGUAGGAACCACCUACGCCUCUAUCGCUAGUUGCUCAUAGCGGGUCUCCAUGGGGCGGCUAGACGUCCCACUAAUCUGGCCCAGGUUAAGCAGGUAAUGCAGGGAUCUGAGGAGUCACCUUCAGUAUUCCUUGAGAGGCUAAAGGAGGCCUACCGCAUAUACACUCCAUAGGACCCAGAGGACCCAGGUCAGGCUACUAACAUUUCUAUGUCCUUCAUAUGGCAGUCAGCCCCAGAUAUCAGAAAGAAACUUGAGCAGCUUGAUAAUCUUAAAGAGAGUUCACUCCAGGAUUUGCUGAAGGAAGCAGAGCGAAUUUCCAAUAAGCGAGAGACUCAGGAGGAAAGAGACGAGAGGCUCAGAAAGGAGGCGGAGGAAAGAGAAAACAUGAGGGAUCGCAAGAGAAACAAGGAAAUUAGUAAAUUGCUGCCCACCGUAGUUUCAGGACAAAGACAGGAUAGGCAGGGAGGAGACCGAAGAGGCCCCUGAGUGGACAAAGACCAAUGUGCCUACUGCAAAGAAAAAGGACAUUGGGUUAAGGAUUGUCCUAAGAGACCGAGGGGACCAAGGAAGCCAAAACCCCAGGCUUCCUUGCUGACCUUGGAGGACUAGGGAAGUCGGGGUCAGGAGCCCCCUCCCCCCCCCCCCGAGCCCAGGAUAACCCUUGAUGUUGGGGGGCAAUCCGUCACCUUUCUGGUAGACGCCAGGGCCCAGCAUUCGAUGUUAACCCAUGCCCCGGGACCCUUGAGUGAUAAAUCAGCCUGGGUCCAGGGGGCCACUGGAGGAAGAAGAUACCGAUGGACAAUGGACCGAAAAGUACAGCUGGCAACCGGUAAGGUGACUCACACCUUCUUGCAUGUUCCUGACUGCCCAUACCCCUUACUAGGGAGAGACUUGCUCACCAAACUGCAGGCACAGAUAUAUUUUGAGGGGAUGGGUGUAGCGCACACCAUGGCGCUGUCAUGUCUCGUCUCUUCUGCUGGCAUGCUGCAUUGUGGCGUGCUGCAAGUGGUGCCGAACCCCGGGACUUCCAUCACGGCAUCAGGCAGAGACCCCUGCGGAAGCAGGAGGAUUCAGAACUUAGACGCUCAGAGCGGCGGCGCCGCGUCUGGACCCGCUGGCAUGGCGCCUUUCUCGCGCCCUAUCCAAAGGCUGCUUAGGGACCGAGAUCUAAAAAUCUCCGAGGGUACCGUAAGAAAGUUUUUGGAGGAUGUGGAUCGAGUAGCACCAUGGUUUGGAGGUUCGGGGGACAUCAAUCUCCCCUGCUGGAACAAGCUAGCCUGUUUGCGGGACGGGAAAUGCAUCGAGGCAGUAAAAGAAGGCCGAAGAGCGCUUUCAGACUACCAGGAUAGCAUGUCGGAGCUAGAUACCAAGGAAGAAAAGACAGGAGAACACAAAAAACAUAGGCCUAAGGAGGGCGACAAAAGCUCUCGGAAAAGGGAGAGCGACAAGAGCUCUCGGAAGAGGGAGGGCGACAAGAGCUCUCGGAAGAGGGAAGAGAAAGCUCCAGAGAAAGACAGGGAGCUAGAGGAUACGCAGUAUCCACUCUUGGAGGAAUUUCCUCAAUUUUGUAUAGAUGAGUCCUCCGAGGAUGAGGACCAAUUAGAGGUGGAGGAGGAAGGUCUAGAGGAAGAUCUAGAGGAAGCUGCAGUUCAGUAUGAACGGGGACAGUGUAGUCCGGAGCGUACUAAGCCCCCGCCAUAUGAUUCACCUAGAGCUAGUGGUACCAGGAGUGGCCCAUCGGCACCUCCUGCCACGUCAGCUUCCUUCAUUAAGCCUGGCACAUGGAGCCGAUUGGCUGCUGCGUUCCCCGUCUUUCAGGAUCCCAACACAGGGCAGAGGUUUCAUGAGCUGGUUGCUUAUAAACAGUUAAAGGACUUGGCUGAGGCCACACAGACUUAUGGAGUGUCUGCGAGCUUCACGCUCGGACUUGUAGAGCGCCUAGGACAAUCGGCCCGUGUUAAUGCAGAUAACGGCAAUGCUGCCUGGACAGCAGACAUGUUACUAGGUCAGGGACAGUGGAUAAACAAUCAGACCGUGUUUCCUAUUCAAGUUUACCAACAAAUUAAUGAAAUAGCCAUACGGGCCUGGAAAACCCUGCCUAACAGGGGCCAAGUGUCGGGUAAUUUAACCAAGAUAAUACAAGGACCAGCAGAGCCAUUUUCAGACUUUGUCGCUCGAAUGAUGGAGGCAGCAGGAAGAGUAUUUAGCGACAUGGACCAGUGUAUGCCUUUAGUAGAGCAACUCGUCUAUGAACAAUGUACCAAAGAAUGUAGGAGGGCAAUCACCCCCUGGAAAGGAAAAGGACUCCAAGCAUGGAUGAAAGCUUGCAGGGAAAUAGGAGGGCCAUUGACUAAUUCUGGACUGGCAGCUGCUGUUUUGGCUGCUGCCCGGAUGUCUGGCAAUAGACCAGGAGUCUGUUUUAAAUGUGGUCAGCCGGGUCAUAUAAGAAAAACAUGUCCGAAUGGAGAAGGGAGGCAGGGAGGUGGAGGACAUCAACCAGGCCUCUGUCCGAGAUGCAAAAAGGGGAGGCAUUGGGGAAAUGAAUGCCGGUCGGUGAAAGACAUCAAUGGCCGGCCCAUUACUAAUCCAUCAGAUUCUGGCCGGCCCAUUACUAAUCCACCAGGUUCAAAAAACGGCAAGAGGGGCCCACGUCCCCAGGGCCCUCAAAUGUAUGGGGCAUUGCAAGAUCAGGCAGAGCAGCCACCUCAGAAACCCGAAGGGCAACCGCGGGCUCUGCAGGCUGCCCCUACUAAUGAUGUGCUUGAUUUGGCGUUUUCUACCACCGUUGAUGCACUUAGGAAAUGUGGGCUGGAAAUUGCUCCUGAAAAGGGACGAUCAGCGGCCAGCCGACAUGCUGGGGCUCUACCCACCGAAAACGUUGAAGUAAAGUGGAAAGAUGUGUUAAAUAACACAUGGUGUGGCCCGGAUCCAGUGAUUGCUAGAUCCAGGGGAGCUGUUUGUAUUUUUCCACAGGGCCAGGAACAACCGGUUUGGGUCCCGGCAAGACUGACAAGAGAGCUGAAACGGAUACAGGACAAUGAGGACGACUCUCGUGGUGCUGAUUCUCCUCCUGUGAACGCCAAUGAUACAGAUGAAAAUGACGCAACUGUGGGCAUGGUUAUGAGGAUACCAACAUUCGUGCCAAUUCCUGUUAAAACGGAUCCUGAUGCAUUCCCACUCGUUACUCUUUUACGAGAACGAAGGGAUUUGGGACUCACCGCCGCUAUGGUAACAGCGAUAGCGGUGUCAGCGGCUGCCGCGGUUACCGCAGCAGUGGCUAUGACCAAUCAAGUACAAACUGCAGAUACCAUUAAUAAUGUGGUUGCAGAGGCCGCUACAGUGCUGGAUACUCAAAGCAGAAUAAAUAGACACAUGCUAAAUGAAUCAAAGAUCCUAGGCGAAUUCCUUGCCGGCAACUGGUCCAAGGAAGCGGAGAACCUGAUCCAGGACCAGCUGUUGCAGAUUGCUACCUUGAACGAUACUCUCGUCUCUUCUGCUGGCAGUAGCGGCGUGCUGCAGAUGGGGGCACACAUUACUGGGCCCCAAGGUCAACCUUUACAUGUGUUAACUCUUAAUCUAGAAGAUGAAUACAGACUGUAUGAUCCUGAAAAAACCCAGAAUCUGAUGAUGACCUAUUGGUUGGAGAAAUUCCCAUAUGCAUGGGCAGAGACGGGGGGUAUGGGACUGGCCAUGCAGCAGGCACCGCUAAUGAUCCCACUGAAGGCCACGGCAACCCCUAUAUCGAUCAAGCAGUACCCCAUGUCCCACGAGGCCUACCAAGGAAUUCGCCCCCAUAUUAGGAGAUUAUUGGACCAGGGGAUAUUGGUUCCCUGCCAGUCUCCCUGGAACACUCCCCUCCUCCCAGUAAAGAAGCCAGGGACGGGGGAUUACCGCCCAGUGCAGGACCUAAGGGAAGUCAAUAAGCGGGUGGAAGACAUCCAUCCCAUGGUCCCCAACCCUUACAACUUGCUGAGUGGGCUGUCCCCAACCUAUACCUGGUACACAGAGCUAGACCUCAAGGAUGCCUUUUUCUGCUUGAGGCUACACCUCGAGAGCCAGCCCAUCUUUGCCUUCGAAUGGAAAGACCCAGAGUUGUGAAUAUCUGGGCAGUUAACCUGGAUUAGGCUCCCACAAGGGUUCAAGAACAGCCCCACGCUCUUUGAUGAAGCCCUGCAUAGGGACUUAGCCGAUUUCAGAAUUCAAUACCCUACUAUGAUCCUACUCCAAUACGUGGACGACCUCUUAUUGGCAGCCACCUCAGAGGAGGACUGCAGGGAAAGCACCAAAGCUCUCUUGCAAACCCUGGGGAGCCUAGGAUAUCGGGCAUCUGCAAAGAAGGCUCAAAUCUGUCAAAGGCAAGUUACCCACUUGGGCUACCAAAUAAGAGAUGGGCAGAGAUGGCUGACUGAGGCCUGCAAACAGACAAUUAUGAGUAUUCCCGUCCCCCAGAGCCCCCGACAGCUGCGGGAAUUCCUGGGGACGGCAGGAUUCUCUCGCCUCUGGAUCCCAGGUUUUGCAGAAAUGGCAGCACCCCUGUAUCCACUCACUAAACAAGGGACCCUCUUCACCUGGGGAGAGGCCCAACAGAAGGCCUAUGAGAACAUCAAAGAGGCCCUGCUGAUCUCCCCCGCCUUGGGCCUCCCUGAUUUGACUAAGCCCUUUGAAUUGUUUGUGGACGAGAAACAGGGCUAUGCCAAAGGGGUCCUAACCCAGAGACUGGGCCCUUGGAGACGCCCCGUGGCAUACCUCUCAAAGAAACUUGACCCGGUAGCCUCGGGAUGGCCCCCUUGUCUUAGGAUAGUGGCUGCAAUAGCAGUCCUGACCAAAGACGCUGGCAAAUUGACUCUAGGGCAGCCAUUGACUAUUCUAGCGCCUCAUGCGGUAGAAGCUCUAGUCAAACAGCCUCCAGACCGCUGGCUCUUUAAUGCCCGCAUGACUCAUUACCAAGCCAUGCUCCUGGACACAGACCGGGUACACUUCCGACCAGCAGUUGCCCUGAACCCGGCAACCCUGCUCCCCCUGCCGGAGGACGCAGAGCACCAUGAUUGCCUUCAAAUCCUUGCGGAAAUGCACAGGACCAGACCGGACCUGACGGACCAGCCCCUCUGGGACGCCGACUUCACCUGGUAUACGGACGGGAGCAGUUUCCUGGAAAACGGGGAGAGGAGAGCCGGGGCAGCGGUGACCACCGAAACGGAGGUAAUCUGGGCCGAGGCUCUUCCAUCAGGGACCUCGGCCCAGAGAGCUGAGCUUAUCGCUUUAACCCAGGCGCUUAAGAUGGCAGAAGGUAAGAAGCUCAAUGUCUACACAGACAGCCGGUAUGCUUUUGCCACGGCCCAUAUCCAUGGAGAAAUCUAUGGGAGACGAGGGUUGCUAACCUCGGAAGGCAAGGAAAUUAAAAACAAGUCCGAGAUCCUAGCCCUACUUAAGGCCUUGUUUCUGCCUCAGAAACUGAGCAUUAUCCAUUGCCCAGGGCAUCAAAAGGGACACAACCCGGAGGCACAGGGCAAUCGACUGGCAGAUGCAACAGCCCAGGAGGUGGCACUCAGGGAGAUAACCCCCUCCUCCCAAGUUUUUCCCUUGACCCCAGGAAAAGCCCAACCCAUUCCACGCUGCCCCCUCCCAUAUAGCCAAGAGGACAUAGAUCUUCUAAGAAAAAUGGGGGGCAAGCACGAUCCUGAAAAAGGGCAUUGGACAUUCAAAAAUAAGCCCGUCAUGCCCAUGAAACAGACUUAUAAACUGAUCACCCACUUACACAAGCUGACUCACCUCAGUCCCAAAAAGAUGAGGGCCCUCUUGGAUCGAGAAGAGAGCAUUUAUUACUUACUAGGGAGAGACGAUAUUUUACAAACUGUGGCAAAUAAAUGUAAGGCCUGUGCACAAGUUAAUGCAGGAAAGACCAAGUUGGGGUCAGGGGUCCGGGUACGGGGGCAUCACCCCGGAACUCAUUGCGAGAUUGACUUCACCGAAAUAAAACCUGGACAAUAUGGAUACAAAUACCUAUUGGUAUUCGUGGACACCUUUUCAGGAUGGGUGGAAGCCUUUCCCACCAAGCACGAGACUGCAAAGGUUGUAACUAAAACUCUUGGAAGAAAUCUUUCCCAGGUAUGGCAUGCCCCAGGUAUAGGGCACUGA